GUGCAUCGCCAGCAGAUACACAACAGUCGCGCUAAUACCGACAACCGGCCGAGUGCGUCCCAAACCCGAAACGAUUGCGGCGCGUUUAUUGUCUUUUUGUUCUCUAUUUGUUUGAAAAUAUUCUUCUUUUCACGCCCGUAACGGGGCUCAAAAUAAUGCGUAUCGCCGUCUCGUGUUCGGCGUCGUUGUCUGGGUAAAUAGCGCGGUUCGUUUUGUGUCAUGGUGUUAUGUCGUUUGAUAAGGUCGUCGCCGCCGCAGCUGCUGACAAUCACUAUCCGUCCACGGCAUUAUGGAUACGAGCCCGAAAGCACUGUACGAUGCAAAAAACAUUGACGAAGAAGUUAUCAAGUUAAGAAGCGAGCUGUCGCGAACGAGAAGUGCGCUGACGAGUCAAGUUUUCGAAAGACACCAGGCCGUGGCCGAAUUGUCUCUGAAGGUGGACCGGAAAAACGGCGAGCUGAAGGAAUGUCGGCAGUCGAGUUUUCACGACUUGGGAAAAGUUCUGAGAUCGCUGUACGUGUUCGAGUCGAGGCUUAGGCGGGAACAACAGCAGAUCAGACGUCAACUGGGCGAGCGGGACGCGGUGAUAAGACAGCAGCAGACGGAAAUAGCCAAAUUAAAACAAACUUUGGCGAGGACGUAUUGUUGUUGUAAAAAUGAAGUCCGCGACGACGGCGAAACGGCGGUGACUUCGAAGCCCGACCUGAUAAGUUCAAUUUGGCCGCAGCCAAAUGGGGGGGAACCGCCACCGACGACGACGACGAAGAAUAAUGAUGCCAUUGACUCGUCAAACGUCGAACGGCAGACGGUGGUUUUGUUGCCGGGCACGGCGAAAUUGGAAGGCCCGAAGAAAAAUAAUGCAGCUGUUGACACUGGCGGGGGGCCGACCAAGAAGCCCACGAAAAACAACAUUAAUUUCAACAAGAACGUCUACAGCAAAACAGUUACAGACCUUUCGCUCAAUGAUAUAUCGUCGUUUCCGAACCCUACGCCCAAUAAUAAUUUAUUUGUGGUAUCCAACUCGGUUUUUUCCAAAAACGAAUUUACAUACAACGAUAUACCCAAAGAGGUAAUUACGCCGGUGAAACAAAACGGAAAAAUAAUCACGUCGGCGUUGAAGAAGGCCGACAAGUUUCCGUGUCCGAAAACUGUGCACUUUGGGAAAACUACUCAUAUUCCAGAACCGGACGACGACGGUCAGACCGACAUCGUGAAAACUGUGGAGACUCUGCUGCUGCAGUGCGGCGACUCUACCACGGAGUCCGAAAACGAUACGUCCAGCACGGCGUCCACCGAAACGUCUCCCAGCGUGUCGCAAAUGGUACGCAAGUUCGAGAGCAUAUGUACAACAACAACAACAACAACGGCAGCCGUGGACGAGGCGGACGUCAAGGGGCUGGCCGUUAACGGCGCGAGCACUAGGAGCUAUAUUGCCGAAACCGCUUUGAAAGCCGCGGCCGAACUCCGGACCGACUCGGACACCGGCCACCACCCUUACUCGGCACCCUUGCUCGCCGUGGCCGGCGGCGGCGACACCAGCGCCGGAUCGCUGGGCGACCUGGACCCCAGGAACAAUUUCGAGGAGUUCCGGUUCGAGGACUGCGACCUGGACAAAGAGUACGGUAGACCGGAAGCGGAAGGCGUCGAAAACCCUAAGGGGUCGGCGUCGGCGGCGCAGUCGGUUUUGGCCGUGGACAAUAAUUGCCGGCACAACGACGGCCGGGUCAACUACGAGUCGUUUCUAGAGGUGACGGGUCUCAGUCAAAAGUCCAUAAUCACCGUGCAAUUGCCCAGCAACAGAGACGUUUACGGAUCGCACAGACACGUGCAAAAGCCCAAAGACGUCAAGAGCCGGAGUCGGGCGAAAUCGGCGUCGUUCGAGUGCAAGCCGUCCACGUUGUCGUUUCCGUCCACCGUCAAAUACUGGACAGAACCCUAUCUCUGACCACUCUGAGGUCCGAGGUCGUGUCAGUUACCAAAAAACCGUUAACUAUAUUUUAUUAUAUUUUAUGUAUUAUUUUUUAAUAAUUAUUGUUCAUCGUCAUCAUUAUUAUUAUUAUACAGGGUGUUCCAGCAUGAAAGGUAAGUAAUAGGUGAUUGAACAUCUGGAGGACCCCCAAAUAAGCCCCCCAUUUUCAUUAUUUAGAUAAGUAAAAAAUUGAAGAUUCUGUUAUUUGUUGAAGACACUGCAAUUCAGUACAAAAGGUUCACCUUAAAAGAGGGGUCACAUCAUUUUCAGUCUUUUUCAGCCCCUAACUCUUCUCUUAUCACUUAUCUUAUCAUUUCUUCUUACCUCUAGUCUCUGAUCAUUUAUCUCUUAUCACUAAUAUAUUAUUAUUUAUUUCUUAUCUCUUGUUUCUAAUUAUUUAUCUCUAAUAUCUUAUCAUUUAGCACCUAUCUUUUUAUCACUUAUCAUUUAUUUCUGGUCUCUAAUCGUUUUUAUCUUAUCAUUUUUUGAGUUAGGGGCCGAAAGGGACUGAAAAUGAUGUGACCUCUUUUUUAAGGUGAGUUUUUUGCACUGAAUAACAGGGAAUAACUUUUUUUUUUAAGUCAUUAUUUUUUUUUACUUAACUGUCGAAGUCUUCAAUUUUUGACUUAUCGAAAAAAUGAAAACGGGGGACUUAUUUGGGGGUCCCCUAGAUGUUCAAUCACCUAUUACUUACCUUUAAUGCUGGAACACCCUGUAUAACGUUGCAAUUGAUAUAUUUUACUAAGCUUAUCUGUUUUUACCGCCGUUUUCGGCGUCCUUUCAUAUUAUCUUUUUUUUUUUCUAUUAGCGACAUAAUCAAAAAUAUUUAAAUCAGAUAUUUGUAUUUGAACUAUGCGUUAUAUUAAGUGAAUCUAUUAUAUUAUGUAUUAUUAAAUCGAAAUCCGGCCA